UUGCAAAAAAACAUGCAAAGUUUAAUUUGAAAUAAAUUCAAGUAGAUGUUGUUAAGCUACAUACGGACUUCUGAUCUUCAGAUCAUGUGAAGUCUUUAAAAUUGUUCCUCUUUCCAUGUUUUAUUGUGCAUCAGGGGCUAUUAUUUCGGUUCCUGCCUCCUCCUCUCGCUGCCUUCCAUCCCACACAACUCCACGCACACAAUCCUAAAUAUUUCCAAGAAUCCAGUAGGCUACAACUGCAUCUGCAUGCACCUCCCACCUUCAUGCACAUCCAGACAUUUAGCUUUCCCCAAUUUCUUGAUGCUUCUCCACUGUUUGUUUUGCCGAAUCCUACAUGCAGCAGAGACCAGGUGGCAUUAGCAGGCUGCUGUUCUCUUAGAUGGUUUUCUUUGAGGAGGGACUUGACAGGAUGUGCAGGUUGUAAAGAGACUGAUAGACAGAUGUAAACAGAUAGAUCUGAAUCUCCCAUUUUCCCUCAUUGCCUUUGUCUUCUCCUCUGUCUCGGUUUCAUCCUCUCUUUAUGUUUUUGUUUGAUGCUUCCUCUGUACUUCUCUCUGCUGCAGCUUCUAGACAGUUUUCCUUUCUGCCUACAUGCACAUGGACAGUGAGCUGAAAUUGCCUGCGCGCUCAACCUGAGGGCAGACUUGUAGCUUAGGCCUACGCCAGCUCCUUAAGUCGCCACCCCAACAACCUCCUUAUGGAGCGCUAAAGGGGGCGGCUUAAUAUAUCCCUCUUUAUCUAGAGGGGGGGAUGUCGUCAUGAAGAAACACAAAGGAUCCCCCCCCCCCCGCUUCAUUUUGCUCUGUCUUUCGCUUUUUGCAUCUCAACUCUCCACAAGUGUUAAAACAUCACUACAGUCUAUAAAAUAUGUUUUGCAGAAAAGAGUUAAUUAGACCAAGAGGAGCCGAGAGGAGAUCAGGCCCACAAGCUGCUGAUCACGACUGGCUAAAUUAAGCAAAAACCACAGAAGUGACAGAAAGCCAAAGAAGAGGAGAGCAACGGAAAGGAAUACAUAUAGACGCAGCGCUGCUCAUCUCAUCUCCACAGCAACAGCGCUCACACUUUAGCAGAAUUCUGGAGAGUAAGCUUUGUCACCAUCUAUGGUGGGAAGGGAAAGGCAGUUGGGACGGAAAAAGACCAAUGAAAAGACUAUAGCCCACCCCAAGCUACAGCGUCUUUAAAUAAUGGUCAGGUUUUAGGACUUCCAAAACCCUGAAAAACACAUAUGUCAGUCAGCUGUUCCUGACACACACCAUCCUCCUUCCCACUGAUAUUUCAGAUUCCCCUCUUCCCACCUCCAGUCAAACCAAGUCCAGUCCUUUGCCUACCAGACUUCCGUAAUCUGCAUGCAAAUUCAUCUGUCUACAUCUAAAUCCCUUCAUCUGAGGCUAUGAGAGGAGGAUUCGCAUCUCAGGCCACUCCAUCAUGCUCGUUCUGAAGAUCAGAGAGGAGAUCCAGGCUGGCAAUGUUCAAGGGACGGCAUUUAAAAUCCUCCAUGAUGCUUGUCAGCCUCCACCCUUCUCCCUCCCAUCUUCAGGACAAGUGUUUGGUGUCUCCCUCCUCAAUUCAACACUCUCCUUCCUGUUCAGACCAGUUGUACCAUCAUACUCGCCCCCAGUUCCGGCUCAACCUGCGAUUUCUCUCUUUGGCCUUAUCUCUCCUCCUCCUCUCCAUACUCUUGCCCGUCUGCGAGUCCCGGAGAGGUGGGGGUCCAGGUUCCGGGCCUGGAAGUUCCUCAGGUGGACAAGGAGGUCAGAGAGGAGGCGGAAACCAGAGGGGGGUCGUUAUCCCUCCUCAUUACUCUCCGGGGUCACCAGCACUUCCUCCUAUCAGCCCAAAACUGAUCAGCUCUCUCAGUAUUGCCGUCAUACUGGUGGGCAACUCCAGUGAAGUAACCCUGGGUGCAGGACUUGAAAAAGAGGAUUUCCUCCACAUUCCGUAUCCCCCUAAAGUUGAGGUCGUCACCAUGAAUGAGACGGACCCAAAGAGCAUCAUCAAUCGGAUCUGUGCACAGAUGACGAGGAACUCGCUACAAGGCGUAGUGUUCGGUGAUGACACCGAUCAGGAGGCCAUUGCUCAGAUCCUGGAUUUCAUCUCUGCUCAGACACACAUUCCCAUCCUUGGGAUCAGAGGGGGGUCCUCCAUGGUCAUGGCUGCCAAGGACGACCACUCGAUGUUUUUCCAGUUUGGCCCCUCCAUCGAGCAGCAGGCGUCCGUCAUGUUAAACAUCAUGGAGGAGUAUGACUGGUACAUCUUCUCUAUCGUCACCACAUACUACCCCGGCUACCAGGACUUUAUCAACAAGGUCCGCAGCACCAUUGAGAACAGCUUUGUGGGUUGGGAGCUAGAAGAAGUCAUCCUGCUGGACAUGUCAGUGGACGAUGGCGAUUCAAAAAUACAGAAUCAGAUGAAGAAACUGCAGAGUCCUGUCAUCCUGCUAUACUGCACCAAGGAAGAGGCAACCACUAUUUUUGAAGUGGCCCACUCUGUCGGGCUGACAGGUUAUGGCUACACCUGGAUUGUACCUUCACUGGUGGCCGGUGAUGCAGACCAUGUUCCAUCUGUCUUCCCUAUAGGGCUCAUCUCUGUGUCAUAUGACGAAUGGGACUACAACAUCGAGGCCAGGGUACGUGACGCAGUGGCUGUCAUUGCCACGGCAACCUCGACCAUGAUGUUGGACCGAGGGCCACACACCCUGCUGAAGUCCAGCUGCCUCGGGACACCUGACAAAAAGGGAUCCAGCACUGUCCACUCCAAGGAAAUCUUGAAGUAUGUCAUGAAUGUGACAUUUGAAGGUCGAAACCUGUCAUUUAGCGAAAAAGGCCACCAGAUGUUUCCCAAGCUGGUCAUAAUACUUCUCGACAAGGACAGACAAUGGGACAGGGUUGGCAAGUGGGAAAGAGGCUCGUUGACGAUGAGGUACCAUGUGUGGCCUCGAUUUGAGUUGUACUCUGAUGUGGAGGAGCGGGAGGACCACCUGUCCAUCGUGACUCUUGAAGAGGCGCCUUUUGUCAUCGUGGAGGACGUGGAUCCACUCAGUGGAACCUGCAUGAGGAACACUGUACCGUGUCGCAAACAGCUGAAACUCACCAAUCACACAGGCGAUUCAGGAAUUUACAUCAAGCGCUGCUGCAAAGGUUUCUGUAUCGACAUCCUGAAAAAGAUUGCAAAAACUGUCAAGUUCACUUAUGACCUGUAUCUGGUGACCAACGGCAAACACGGAAAGAAGGUCAACGGGACCUGGAACGGCAUGGUUGGAGAGGUGGUGGCAAAGAACGCUCACAUGGCUGUGGGAUCACUCACCAUCAACGAAGAGAGGUCAGAGGUCAUCGACUUCUCCGUGCCGUUCAUUGAGACGGGUAUCAGUGUCAUGGUCUCCCGCAGCAAUGGCACCGUGUCCCCCUCUGCCUUUCUAGAGCCCUUCAGCGCUGAUGUCUGGGUCAUGAUGUUUGUGAUGCUGCUGAUCGUGUCGGCCGUGGCCGUCUUUGUGUUCGAGUACUUCAGCCCUGUGGGUUACAAUCGCUGUCUGGCAGAUGGACGAGAGCCUGGAGGUCCCUCCUUCACCAUCGGCAAGGCCAUCUGGCUGCUGUGGGGCCUGGUUUUCAACAACUCUGUUCCUGUGCAGAAUCCUAAAGGCACCACCAGUAAGAUCAUGGUGUCAGUGUGGGCCUUCUUCGCUGUCAUCUUUCUGGCCUCCUACACUGCCAACCUGGCAGCCUUCAUGAUCCAGGAGGAGUAUGUGGACCAGGUGUCGGGCCUGUCAGACAAAAAGUUCCAGAAGCCGAACGAGUUCUCGCCACCUUUCCGGUUUGGUACGGUGCCCAACGGGAGCACGGAGCGCAACAUCCGCAACAACUACAGAGACAUGCACGCCUACAUGACCAGCUUCCACCAGAAGAAUGUAGAUGAGGCCCUGUACAGCCUGAAGACUGGGAAAUUGGAUGCAUUCAUCUACGACGCUGCAGUGCUGAACUACAUGGCUGGCAGGGAUGAGGGCUGUAAGCUGGUAACCAUCGGGAGUGGCAAAGUGUUCGCCUCCACUGGCUACGGCAUCGCCAUCCAGAAGGACUCUGGCUGGAAACGUGCUGUGGAUUUGGCUAUCCUGAUGCUGUUUGGAGAUGGUGACAUGGAGGAAUUCGAGGCCCUGUGGCUGACAGGAAUCUGUCACAACGAGAAGAACGAGGUGAUGAGCAGCCAGCUGGACGUGGACAACAUGGCUGGGGUCUUCUACAUGCUCGGGGCUGCCAUGAUUCUGUCACUACUCACCUUCAUCUGUGAACAUUUGUUCUACUGGCAGCUGCGUUUCUGCUUCAUGGGCGUGUGUUCAGGGAAGCCCGGGUUCACAUUCUCCAUCAGCAGAGGUAUCUACAGCUGCAUCCAUGGGGUACAAAUUGAGGAAAACAAGUCAACCAUAGACUCACCCUCUUCCACCAUAAAGAAGAACAUGAACAACACCCACUCCAACAUCCUACGGUUACUCCGAACUGCUAAAGACAUGACUGCAGUCCCAGGUGUCAAUGGCUCUCCACAUGCAGCUCUAGAGUAUAGCCAUAGCAGUCGUGAAGCGGCCAUCUAUGAUAUCCAGAAGCACAGGCACAGCCUGGUGGGUCACCCAGCUGACUGUAAGUCUGCUACACCUUACCCUCCAGAGGACCCCAUGUUCAGUGACUACAUCAGCGAGGUGGAGAGGACUUUUGGCAACUUGCCCCUGAAGGACAGCAACCUGUACCAGGACCAUUACCGGCACCACCACCCGGCCUCGGCUCUGGGUAUGUCCGGCCCCCCACCCAAUAGGCCGCGUAGCUUAGGCAGCGCUAGCUCAUUGGAAGGGGGCAUGUUCGAUGGUGACAGUUUGGGGGGAGGUGUAGCACCCAUUUUUACCACACAGCCCCGUCCCUCCAUGACUCACAGGAAUACAAGUAAAUUUGACCUGAUUGCAGGCCACGCCGCUGCGGAUGCCAAUCAGGGUGGGUUCAAAGGAAGCAAUGUUUACGGCAGGUUUUCUUUCAAAGGAGGAGCAUCCAGCACAGGGCUCAUCGGGGGACAUGACAGGUACUGUGGUGGGGGUGGGGGAGGCUCAGGGGGUGACGACGGGAACAUUCGCUCCGACGCCUCGGAUAUCUCCACCCACACUGUUACCUAUGGAAACCUGGAGGGAAGCACCAAGAGGCGUAAGCAGUACAGGGACAGCCUGAAAAAGAGGCCAGCCUCUGCAAAGGUCAGACGGGAGCAGGACGAGAUAGAGCUGAAUGCCUUCAGGAAGAGACCCCACCACCACACCGUCCACCACCACUUCCCUCAUGGGCCUCUGGCACACCGCCCGGUCUCACCUCCCGUGGAGUGGAAGAGGGGAGGAGGAACGGGUAAUUCUUCACCUUACUUAUUCCGCAAAGACAAAGACAACCUGAGGGAUUUCUAUGCGGACCAGUUUCGCUCCAAGGAGGGCAAGGCCAAGUGGGAGCAAGAGGGUGGAAGUGGAGGAAGCGGUGCGGGCGGUGGUAGUGGUGGCGGUAUCUGUAAAAGUUUAGUGCCUGUGGAAGACUUUCUCAAAGGUAAAGGGAAAAAAACAGAUGGCAAAGGUGGGCUUGGUGGAAUGUCAGCUGGGCAGCAGGCUCACACUUGCUGGGAGCAAGGAGCUUCUGGGCUUGGAGGUGGUGGCAUUGCAGGGGGUGACUGGGAGUGUCGUAACUGCCACAGUGUUUGUCAUCACAGUGGAGGAGGCAGCACAUGCCAAGCUAGUGGGGCUGGGGGGAGUGGCAGUCGCCCCAGCUCUGCUACGCUUUGCAAACGCUGUGACUCCUGCAAGAUACAGCCAAGCAACCUUUAUAACAUCAGUGAAGAUAACAACAUGAUAUUCAGCGGUAUGAAGAGCAGCAUAGGACCCAGUCAGACUCAGCGCAGGAAGCUAGGACCAGGUGGGAAGGUGUUGCGGAGGCAGCACUCCUAUGAUACCUUUGUAGAUCUACAGAGAGAGGGAGCAGGUCGCAUGGGUGGGGUCGGUGGUGGUGUUGGCGGGCCCUUUGCCCAGCCCCGAAGUGUGAGCUUGAAAGAUAAAGACCGUUACAUGGAGGGUCCCAGUCCCUAUGCGCACAUGUUUGAGAGAUAUUCAGGUGAAAGAGAGUCUCCAAUGUUUGGAGGAAUAGGUGGGGAUAGAGUAGCAGGAGGGUCCUCCUUCAGUCUUUACCGUGGAGGAGAGGGUGGGUUGCAUCGGCGUUCAGUGGGGGAGAGAGACCUUAGGGACAGAGACAGAAAUGUGAUGGGAGGAGGGGCCGGUGGUGGUGGUAACAGAGGGGCCGGGACUUACUCCUUGUCUAAAUCUCUCUACCCAGAUAAGGUGAACCAGAACCCCUUCAUCCCAACCUUCGGUGACGACCAGUGUCUAUUACACGGUGCCAAACCGUACUACGUCAAAAAGCCACAGACGCCGCAGCAACAGCAGCAACUUCUCAACAACAGCCGAGGAGGAGGGGAAUUCCGCAGCUCCAUGGGAGCAACUUCCUAUUUGCCCGCAUCUGCCACAGCUGGGGUGAUGUCCAAUGUGGCCCCAAGAUACCCCAAAGAGCUGUGCCUGGGUGGGGUGGGAGGGCCCAUGGGGAACCACCACGGGGCCAACAAACUGCUGCCCGGAGGCAGGGACACGUUAGGUCUGGGACAGGGACAGAGACCCUUCAAUGGUGCCAACGGACAUGUCUAUGAAAAGCUCUCGAGCAUUGAGUCAGAUGUCUAAGACUGAAGUCAGAGGAAGGGAGACAUAGAGAAGAGGAAGCGGGUAAAGAAAUGAGGGGAAGAAGACCUAGGCUUAUGACUUCUCUAUAUGACUAGAAUGAAGGGUACACAGUAUGUGUGGUCUCAGUCUACAAACAGGACAGGUUUUGAACAAAACACAAAGGCUGCUGACACAAAGUUUGGCAAAGCUUAAAGUGAACAAGUUUUUAAUGAGACAAAAGGAUUCUGGUGCUGCUCCAACGUUUGAGCUAUCUGAAGGCGGGGUUAGAGGGAAUAGGAAAAGGUGAGCUCAAUUCUCCAGUCGCUGCUGUCCUCACAUGCCUAUGGUCUUUCCCUCCUUCCUGUUUGUUCACGCCAAAACAAACAUGUUGUUAAGCAACGGAUUUACAAUCACGAAUGAGAAAUCUACACUUCUGCAGAAGUAACAGGGUAAACUAACAAUAAUUGUAUUGAUGAUGUUAAUAAUAUUACUGAAUAUUAUUCUAGUGUUUAAUGAUGAUCAGUUUGGAUUGUUUUUUAUUACUAUCAUUAUUUAAUUGACUUAAAUAGUUAAUGUUAUAUAUUUGUAUGAUGUUAAUUCUUUCUUAGUUUACCAACAUUUCAAGAGGCCGGGCAACCAGCUUUAAUGAUAUUUGUUGGUUUCUUGUAACUUCUUUCCUAUAAAUUCUUCAUGUUUGACUUUUUUUAAACUUUUCUUACUUCUGACUGCAGUGAAGUGUAUGUAAGAGGCAUGAUAAGCUGAGUGCAUUAAAUGUACUUUUAAAUUUGUGAUUUUCUUUUCAGCUGCAGAAGCAACACCAUCAUACUGAUUUGCAGUUUUUGUUCCUAACUUUGCCAAUACCAAAAGGGUUUCUCAAUUUGCACUGGAUGUGCCUUAAAGGGACUUACACUGACUUUCUAUCCAUUUUCUUUUGAUAGGAAGAUCCUCUUGCAAUCAGUCAUCUGAUUUGGGAGUAAA